AUGGAUUUUUUUCUUGCUACAAUGAUCGUUAUCAAUGAUUCUUUGGUGGAGGAGAUACCAGGUGGCUUUCCUUUUGAGAUCCAAGAUGAGAAGGGAAUGAACACUGUUACUCUGAAGAGAAACUAUCAUGGAGAGAGAAAACUAUCAUGGCUUGCCUAUGAAGGACCUGAUUUCAGUGAUCUGGAUGAGAAUCUGCAGAAAUCCUUUCACAAGUAUCUAGAGAUAAGAGGAAUUUCCCCUUUGACAACCAAUUUCCUGCAUGAGUACAUGAUAAAUAAAGAUAGUCGUGAGUAUUUGCUGUGGUUGAAGAAUUUGAAGCAGUUUAUCCAAAAGUAG